CUUUCCCUUUCCACAGCCGUUGUGCUUCCGCAGCCAAGCACGUCGCUGUCUGGUCGCCAGAAAAGGGGCAAAAAAACGAUAAAAAAGACCUCAAUCGUUUUUGUCACCCCGGAAAUAACAUUUCUGGGUCUUUUCUUCCCGCGACAGUGACCAGUGUAGCCCAGUGCAUCCUCAGUUAGUACAACUCCAAAAUCCGUGAAGUUAUUCUUUGUUUAACAGUACGUAGGGGGGACAAGUGUUGGGGACAACGAGGCACGCGAUCGAAGCCCCCGAGUCACAAGGAAAACUCGUCAUAUUUUUCUCACUGUGCCACUUUUCAAUAAAACCCGACAAAUCAUGGCUGAUGAAACAAUGAAUAUGGAAACUAAUGACGAUGUUGUCAUCAUGGAUUCAACAGACAUCAGUUCAUCAAUUGAACAAGCGGAAUUACAAAUUGAAGGAGCAAAAAAGUACUACGAAGACAAACAAUACAAAUCGGCGCUAUCAUCAUACACGAAUGCAAUAGAGCUUUGUCCCAAUGUUGCGAGAUACUACGGAAAUCGAGCGGCAUGUUAUAUGAUGCUGGAUCAGUAUCGGGACGCACUGGUGGACGCACGAAAAUCCAUAGAAAUUGAUCCAAAUUUUCUGAAGGGCUAUACCAGAGUGGUCAGAUGUUGUUUAAAACUGGGAGAAAUAGUGGAAGCAGAGACAACAUUAAAUAAACUGACACAAAUAGAUCCAACAAUGGGAAAACCAUCUACCGCAGAGUCCACUGACUUGUUACACGUUAAACGGUUUCUACGGGAAGCGGAUGUCGCCUUUGCGAUAAAAGACUACCGUAAAGUCGUAUAUUGCAUGGAUCGAUGCUGCGAUGUGAGCAAAUACUGUUUGCGGUUUAAACUGAUGAAAGCAGAAUGUCUUGCGUACCUGGGAAGGUACCAGGAAGCCCAGGAAAUAGCAAAUGAUAUACUACAUGUGGAUAGGUCAAACAUCGACGCGACGUACGUGCGAGGAGUUUGUUUGUAUCAUCAGGACAAUGUAGACAGGGCAUUCAUGCAUUUCCAGGAAGUACUGCGACUCGCUCCAGAUCACACGAAGGCAUUAGAAAUAUAUAAGAGGGCAAAACAAUUAAAACAGAAAAAAGAGGACGGCAACACAGCGUUCAAAGCAGGUCGUUACCAGGAGGCUUACAAUCUCUACACAGAAGCCCUGACCGUAGACCCCCAGAACAAGCUUGCCAACACGAAACUCCACUACAACCGAGCGCUGACAGCUGCCAAAUUGGGGCGACUGAACGAGUCAAUAUCAGAAUGCACCGAGGCCUUGAACAUCGACGAGAACUACUUGAAGGCAAUCCUCAAGCGUGGAUCAUGUUACAUGGAGCUGCAGGAUUACGAGGAGGCAGUCAGGGACUUCGAGAGGGCCUGCAGGAUCAACAAGUCACGAGAGAACAGGCGAUUGCUGGUGGAGGCGAAAGAAGCAUUGAAGAGAUCCAAGAAAAAAGAUUACUACAAGAUCCUGGGGGUUGACAAGGCAGCCUCCAUCGAGGAUAUCAAGAAAGCAUAUAGAAAAAGGGCGUUAGUCCAUCAUCCUGACAGGCAUUCAAGUGCUUCGGACACAGAGAAGAAAGAGCAAGAGAAGAAAUUCAAGGAAAUUGGGGAAGCCUACACCAUUUUGUCAGAUCCCAAGAAACGAUCGAGAUACGACAGAGGAGGUGAUAUGGAGGAAUUCGAGAAUGGCUUCGAUCUCUCCAGGUUCUCCACUGAUUCAGCGUUCGAGGCAUACUUCACGAAACCCGAGGGAGGCUUCAGAUUUCAAUUUGGCGGAGGACACGAGUCAUUUCCGUUCUGAUACCGCCAAUUAAUGGCAAUACGAUCCAAACUGAGGGCUCAGAGAUACUACAGAUCUCGAUUCAAUUCAAGUUUUUGGGGGAUUUGAGGGGGAAACGUGUUUCCAGAAGUUUCGUGGUUUGGUGUGGCGAAGGAGAUUGGGGGGUUUCGGUACUGUGAAUUGAAUGGGAUGUUUAAUAAGGAUCCAUGUAAACCGGUAAAUGACAAUUCGUGUUCUAUCGAGGAAAACAUAUGCGUAGGUUAUUAAUGAGAAUAUGUAAUUACGGCGAAGUGGUAGAGAGAAGGAAAUGAUUUUGCUAAUUAGAAAUAUCUUCAGACCAAAUGAUACGAUUUGGAUUAAUCAGGUCCCAUUUCAAAACCCAAAGAAAAAUCUUGACAAUUUAGAAAAAAUAGGGAAUUUCACUCUGCUGUUCUCCAGUUAUUGCAGAUUAAGCAAUAAGCAUGGUUCGUUUUAGCCCACUUUCUCUUACAAUUCUCUACACAAGGGUUUUCCAAAGUGAUCUUUUGAUCGCUUGGAGAAUCAGUGAUUUAAAAGAAAAUGUCAAGCUAUGUUUUUUGGACCUCGUGAAAUUUAAGGUGAAAAAAAUUCAGAGAAAUUUGACAAUUAAUUUGGUAAUUUAGUUGGAAUUCUGUGAAUUCUACCACUUCGCUAUGGAAUAAAAUUGAAAAGUCAUGGAAUGUAGACUUUAUCAUGAGCUAGUAUUUUCGAGGCAACUUACUACUAAUCAUUUCGAGUAGAGAAGCCAGAUUAACACAGGAAUAGUUACUGAUAACUGUAUCUAAGGGAAACACUCUUAAUAAUUUUGUUCAAAAGCAUGAAAUCCUUGAACUUCAAAUAAUUCUGUUUUAUUAUUUUAUUGACUGAAAUGAUGACAAGAUACUUUUGAAGAUUGAGUUGAAGUAGUGGGUUUGGAUAAAAGUCAAAGAUUCUUGAGGAAAGAAUUUUUUUUUCAAGUUUUUCUUUGCACCCAUUAGCUCAACAAAUAUCCAAUAAAUUAUAUUAUUGUGUUGGUCCAAUAAUAGUAUUGCAAUCUGCAAUGACGAGUAGACACGAAAAAUUAUGAUUUAAAAUGUCACGAGGAAUUGGGGAUACCCGAAUAGUUAAUUAUUAUUUAAACAAAUGGAAUUAAAUACUUGACUUUUUAUUGAGAGUGUUGAGUCACGGGGCUGUAUCGUAUCGAUAAAACAAACAAAUAUCACUCAACAAGGACGAUAAUUCUACGGUAAUAUGUAAUGUAAUCGACUGUAUAUUUAACGUUCUAUCCCAUUUAGAAUCCCAAGAGUACUCACAUUGAAUUAUUUUGAUGACAACCAAAAAAAUGCCAUCUGUAGACUGUUCGAUAUGAGAGUACCUAUUUCUCUGAGCCUUAUCGUAUACUCUGCAUAAUGACUGUUGAUUUCCAAUUAUAAAAACAAUGACGAUGGAUCUCCUGGUAUUGAUAGAAAAUCGUAAGGGAUAAUGGCGGAAAUUUCAGGAGUAAAAAACACUUUUUAUACAAUUGUCAGUUAGAAAAAUACCAGGCUAGAUGCGUCUGUUUCACUUGAAGUAAGAUCCAGACACAAUCAUAUAGUUUUCAAUAAAUUAUAUCUAGCAUUA